AUGGAUGAUGAUAUUCCUGGUUUACAAGAUUUUAGUGAAUAACUCUAAAAAAAUAAAGAGCCUUCUAUUGAUAUUGGGAAUUAUACAAAACCUAUUUAAGAUCAAUCUAUUCACAUUCAACAACCAAAAUAAUAAAAUAAUAAUUUUACAGGAAAGGAUUUUUUAAUGAUCAAAAAAACAAUAAAGACAUUAUUAAGCCUAAAGAAAAAAAAAAAAUCCUUUAGAAAUUGA